GAUCAGCCAGUUUGUCGAUCAAAGGUUGGUGUGCUGAAGUUGCAGCAGGUCUGCGCACAGCACAGAUAAACUUCGCCCUGCGCUGUGCGAUGUGGAGGCAUCAUCUUUGCCCAUGUCCUUCCUUGCCACCGGCUUUGGCUGCCUACCCCUGAGGAGGAGUUUUGGACUCGGUCGCCCACCCCCCUCCCAUCCUGGUCAGUGAGUGCAGAUUGGGUCUCUCUCAGUGGAUCGGCGGCUGGACCUGGGGGAGCAAAAGCUGGAGAGAGGCUGGGAGGGGCUUGGGAAUGAUCUUGAGGGGAUUUGGUAUGCCAUCAUGACUUUAGCAAAUUUCUACAGAUGUACCAUGGAGGAUUGCAACUGCUUGUGUCACUGUCUGGUAUGAGGCAGUGCGCAGGAUCUACAAAAGCUGCAGACGGUUGUAAACUCAGCCGGUUCAUCAUGGGCACAACCCUCCCCACCAUCCAGACUACGUUCGAAAGGCAGAUCCAUCAUUAAGGACCCUCGCCAUCCAGGACAUGCCCUCUUCUCAUUGUUAUCAUCAAGGAGGAGGUAUCAGAGCCUGAAGGCACACAGUCAAUGUUUUAGGAACAUCUUCUUCCCCUCUGCCAUCAGAUUUUUGAAUGGAGAAUGAACCCAUGAGCACUACCUCACUAUUCCUCUUCUGGACAUUUAUAAGCUUUAUAAUUUGGAGUGAUUUAAAGUCCUUAUGCUGUCCUGAUGCCUCACAACAACAAACUUCACUUCACAUCAUGCAAAACACUGGAGGAACUCAGCAGGUCAGGCAGUGUCUAUGGAGAAGAAUAAAGAAUGAACAUUUGGGGCUGAGCCUCUUCAUCAGGACUGGAAGAAGGGGCCAGAAGCUGGAAUAAGAAGAUGUGCUAAGGACACCACCUGAUGGCUCCACCUUUAGUUCUGGGCGCAGAGACCUGGGCCGCGAGCGGUGGGACUUACGUGGUGACCCUGGACACGUUCUGUGCCCUGAGCCUCCUGCUUCUCAUCCUGCUUGUGAUCUCCUGUGGGGACUGCAUGAGGAAUUCAUCUCAGUUCUCAACGGACAGGAACUACACGGAAUAUACAGAGGGUGAAACACAGCUGAUCCGGGUGAUGAAGCUGGACGACAAUGAACAGCCAAAGAUCACCUGCAAACUGACGUUAAGAGAAGGUACGGGCCUGAGAGAAGGUUCCUUGCAUUCGCAAGAGGCGAGCUGGCAAAAUGAUGUGCAGGUGCCUGGGCCCACAUCCCCUGAACUUCGGUGUUCCCCUACUCCACAGAGCAGGGCACUGCCGGACAUUCCCACGGGCCCCGUUGACACCGAGGGAAAGGGGGACCCCAUCUACCAGACAGCCAGCGAGUUGGACGCCCCUUGCCAAGGUGCAGAGGAGGAGCCAAACGAGCAACCGUACGUGGCCUCCAGCCAGCUGGGUCCAGACACACCAACAACUGAUCUGAUGCUGGAGGAGGAGGAGGAGGGUGGUAGGUCUGCUUCGGAGAAAGUGACGGCUGUCUAUGCCCGGGUCAGCAAGAAGGUGAAGAGCCCAUCAGGUGAGGCAGCCCCGGCCCCUUGCCCUCCACCUGGGAAACUGGAGCAGGACGAGCUGCCCCCUCCCAUCCCAGAAAAGCUCUUCAGCGAUGGAGACAUCGGCGAUUCACCGGGGAACCAGAGCUGGGACCGGACAACCGACGAUCCCUCCCCAGUGGAGGGUGUGCGUGCUGACCCCCUGCCGGAAGGGUGCCGUGGAUGAACAGAUUCGGCGAUUGGAGUGUCCAGGCCGAAGGGCUGGCAGAUCCGGCACUGCAGGACGGCUUCUCUCUCUGGGCUCCUGAUCUUCAGCCAUCUUGGGCCAGCUCAGACCCCGUCUAACAGCUUCCUGCAGACUUCAGCUCAAUCUCACAUGUCAUUGGGCUGGGGGUGAGCAAGAUUGGGGGCCAGGGUUUGGACCUCACCCUUCAAUGCUCCUUAACCAGCGUAGCUGUCACCAUUUGAGAAGAUUGCCAAAUCCCUUGAGGAAGACAUCGCCAGUGUCCACUGAAUAGUGCUUUACGUUCUGCUUUCCAGUGCCAGUGAUCCACGUUCACUUCCCUCUGCUAUCUGUAAGGGGUUUGUACGUUCUCUCUGUGACCUCCAGAUGCUCCAGUGUCCCCCACUCCAUGAGUGAAGCUGCCCCUGUGCUGUCGCCUCGGCAACCUGUGAGCUGUUCCGUCCUGCUCUGGGGCAGAGGAAUGCCUAAAUGUCCUGAAGCAAUUAUAUCUGGGUUACAUUAGAUCAGGGUUAUUUCUCAUCUGUACUUUGAAACUUCGAUGAAAUGCACCAUUUGCAUAAAUGACCAAGAGCGUGGAAGUGUGUGCUGGGGCAGCCCGCCACGAUUCCCCCCACCAACACAGCUAACUAACUCUAACGCGUGUCUUUGGACUCUGGGAGGAAACCAGAGCACUGAGAGGAAAGCCACAAGGUCAUGGGGAUAUCGUACAAACUCUUAAAAACAGCAGUGGGAAUUGAACCCCGAUUGGGAUAGCUCGCACUGAAAAGUGUUACGCUAACCGCUACGCUGCCUGUGUAUCAAUGCAGAGCAGAGCCUGGGUGUAUAAUGGCAGGGAAGCUGGAGACAGGGAUCUAUCCUGUCCUGUCUAUCCCUGAGCGAUCCCAGGAAUCCACAGCUCUGACGGUUUUCAGUGAUAGGCUGCCGCAACGUCGUAGAGACAGAGUUAGAGGGAACUGGAACCCAGCAGCAGGACUGGGAGUGGACAGCAACUCUGACUCCUCGUCCUCCUCCUCCUCCAGGAAGUGAACUCUGGUUGUGUAGCGUCAUACAGCACAGGAGGCCAUUCUGACUCAUUGACUCCAAUCCCAUUUCGUCCUUUCCAGCAACCUGUCACUUUGCUCUGAUACCCCCACAUGUCAUUUACCCCACCAAUGCGUAUGUCUUUAGGAUGAGGGUCGAAACCGGAGCACCCGAGGAAAGCCGAUCCAGACACUCCACAUAGACAGUGCCUGACCUGGGUCCCCGGAUCUGUCCUAACAGCAUCACCCGGUCGCUCGGCUGCUGAGUGUUAUUUUUAAUAUUGUACCAGUAAAAAGCAUUUAUCAUUUGUUAAGGGCAUUGUCUCAGUCCAAAACGUCGACUGUUCAUUCCUCUCCAUAGAUGCUGCCUGUCCUGCUGAGUUCCUCCAGCGUUUUGUGUGUGUUGCUCUGGAUUUCCAGCAUCUGCAGAAUCUCGUGUGCAAUCUUUUUUUAAUUCAUUAAAAUAAAAGGCAGAUAUUCAGA